AUGGUAGGCCUAUCUGUUGGAGAGAAGCAUUUUAUACAGGGUGGCAUUGCUCAAGACCUUCGCUCUGACGGUCGAAAAAGAUUAACUUACCGACACAUACAAGUUGAAACUGGAGUCAUUCCUCAGGCAGAUGGUUCUGCAAGAGUAAAGAUGGGUGCAACUGAUGUUAUCGGCAGCGUGAAGGCUGAGCUUGGAAAACCAAACCCAUUGCAACCUGACAAAGGAAAAGUUUCUUUAUAUGUUGAUUGCAGUCCUACGGCCGCGCCAAUGUUUGAGGGCAGAGGGGGUGAGGAGUUGUCCACAGAACUUUCUGCAACUCUUCAGCGAUGUCUGUUGGGUGGUAAAAAUGGAGCAGGAGCUGGAAUUGAUCUUUCAUCUCUAUCAAUUGUGGAAGGAAAAGUUUGUUGGGAUCUUUACAUUGAUUGCCUUGUUGUUAGUUCAGAUGGGAAUCUGCUAGAUGCCUUAGGUGCUGCCAUCAAGGCUGCUUUGAGCAAUACUGGUAUCCCCAAAGUCCAAGUCGCUGCUGCUGUUUCUUCUGAUGGGCAGCCUGAAGUUGACGUAAGCGAUGAAGAAUUUUUGCAAUUUGACACCUCUGGGGUCCCUGUUAUAGUUACUUUAACAAAGGUUGGGAGGCACUAUAUUGUAGAUGCAACUUCCGAAGAGGAAUCCCAAAUGAGUUCAGCUGUCUCUGUUUCCAUUAAUAGGGAAGGACGCAUAUGUGGGUUGACCAAACGAGGGGGUGCAGGCCUAGAUCCAAGCAUCGUACUUGACAUGAUAUCUGUGGCUAAACAUGUGAGCGAGCAGUUAAUAAACAAAUUGGAUUCGGAGAUAGCAGCAGCAGAAGCAUGUGAAGAGGAAAGCGGACAUGGUUAG